ACGAAAUAUUCUACAGAACUAGAAGCUGUAAAAGCAGCUUUCUGCAAUAACAAAGAAAGUGGAAGAGAACAAGAAGUCAAAAAGUAUUGCGAUUAUAAUAUACUUACUGUACCUACCAUGCAGAUUUUACAAAAUAAGGAUGAUAACAAAAACUUCUGA